GAAAAAGGGGCGGGUGCUGGAGACGUUCAUGGGGGCGCAGCGGCGGCAGCGGUUCGGGCUGAACGUGUGACGGAUGGCUCUGGAGGGUUCUUGAGAAUCAAGAAAAAAUGGCAAAAGAACUUCGAGAAAUAAUACAAAGAUGUCAAAUUCUUGAUGAAGAGAAUUUUAAAGGGGAAGACUUUAAUCUUUUUCAAGUUGCUGGACAGAAGUGUUUGGAGGAAGGGAAUAUAGCUGAAGUAUUGGAAGUUGUUCAAAAUGAGAAAAAUAUGGUUAUUAUCAAAAAUAUGGGCUGGAAUCUUAUUGGACCUAUACUCAGAUGUAUGCUGAAACAUAAGCAAGAUGAUAUUGAGAGAGAAUAUUGUAUGAAAAUGCUAGACAAAUUGGUAGAAAUGUGUAGUCCAAAAGAGCUUAUAUUGGGCUUCCUGGAACAGAUUGAACAAGCUUCUAAGGAACAGAUAUCCUCAGUUAUUUUGCUCCUGCUUAAGCCUUUGCAAGAAGCACUUCUUAAACUUGAUACUAAGAAAGCAUAUUCAAUGGGGUUGUCACUAUCUACCAUUUUGAACCAGCUCUCCCUUCUGCCUGUCCCUUAUACAAAACAGCAACUGCAAGAAGACCAGCAUGGGCUUUGCCGGUGCUGCAAUGCUCUAACACAGUUUGUCAAACCAUUUGUGCUUGAAAUUGUUCAACAUAUGGAGAUCACAUCAGGUGGCAACUGCAACGAUCUAAAGGAGGAACUACUAGGAUUUUGCCUGAAAAGUUUACAAUAUCCAUUGCUAAUGGCAGAGCUUGAUCCACUACCUGAAGAGACAGCUGAGCAUCCCCUGAGGCAGUUUGCUGCUGAUAUACUUGGAAUUUUAUUGGAUAUUAAAGAAUUAUUUCCACAAGUGCUUUUUCAGCCUAUAUGCAAAAGUGAAAACUGGGAUAAUGAAGACUUAUUGGAAAUGGACAAGGAACAGUCUAGAGAUGCUUUAGCGUGUCUAUCUUAUAUGGUAUUUGUUCAGGACUGCUUUGGUAUAGACUGCCUCCCAGUAGUUUUCAACCCAUCAUAUAUUUUGCAGUGCAAUAUGGGGCAUGUUAGAAUUCUAUUGAAAAGGGCAGAAGAAUCUGUUUUAUCAAAAGGACUUGCUCUCUUGGAGAACUGUCUACUGAGAUUGGAAGAUAAUAGCCUUUUUCUUGAGUACUUGGAGUUUGAAGGCUUUAUUACAACACCUCAGGAUUUGGUCAAGGUUAUGACCCAAUGCCCUUUUGAAUCUCUGAGAAAGAAGAGCUUAAAGAUUUUGCAGAUGUACAUAGAUAAGUUUGAUGAUGAGGGAAAAUACAUAUUAUUUAGAUGUUUGUUGAAGACAAGCAACCAUUCUGGUGUGGAGGGACACAUCAUUCAGAACAUUAAAAAUCAAAUUGAUUUAUCCUUAAAGAGGGCAGAAGGCAGCAAGUUUUUUAUUGGACUCCAGUUGGUCUCUCUGUUGGAUAUGGUGCUCUCACUUCCUGAAGGUGCUGAAACUGAUCUUCUCCAGCACUCAGACAGGAUAAUGGCCUCACUGAAUUUGUUGAGAUAUUUAGUUAUUAAAGAUAAUGAAAAUGACAAUAAGACUUGUGUAUGGACAGAACUUUACAAGAUAGAGAGAAAUUUCUUGAAGCCCUUACACACUGGACUUAACAUGUCAAGAGCGCACUAUGAAGCAGAAAUAAAAAGGAAGAAAGAAAACAAAAAAGAGCCUCACAUUCGUACAAAGACUUGUGCUCUAACAGUAGCUGGGGCAAAGAUGUCAGGAAUUACAACUGACAUGGAGCUUCAGGCUCUUCACUCUGCACUUUUCACAUUUGAUUUAAUGGAGAGUGUUCUGGCAAGGGUAGAAGAACUCAUGAAAACAAAGGCUGCAUCUGAAGAAACUGCUGGAAUCAAAUGAAACUUUUAAAAAACCUUUAUUUCAGUAUUCCGCUUUUACCUUAUCAAGUCAGAUUGACCAAAGUAUAACAUGUCAAAUUUUAAAUAUUUUCAAAGUAAUAAUUAUUAUACAGACUUCUAUAUAGGUUUUAGAAUAUAUCUUUUCCUCUAAACCUUCAGAAGCUAGCCCCAAUGGCUGGAUUAUAUUGUGCUCUUGCUAUGUUUUGAAUGUCAGAACCACAAGUAUCCAAGACCAUGAAGUGUCAUGCUACAUUUUAUGUAAUGCUACCUAUUUAUAAAGGCAUACAUACUGUGAAAUAAAGUAUCAAUAUAAAAGCAA